CACAAAAUUUACCUGAAUUUCCUGAUUUUUCAUCAAUUUUUUGUACUGUAAAAGCCCAUUUUAGUCCCGUGUUCGUGAAAAACGUGAAAAGUCCCGUUUUUGUGACAAUAAAUGCGUCAAAAGUAGUUGCGAUGGGAGAAUCGACCAAAAAAUGCAUCGAACGAUGGGAAGUUGCGGUGCAAAAAUCAAAUUUAGCCGAUGUGAAGCCCGAAAUUGAACGAUUUAUCAAGAAAAUUGGCGAUAAUGAAGCAGUUUUAUCGAAUUUUACGCGAAAAACCUUUCAGGUGCUCAUCAAACACUUUUCGCUGGAGAACGCCACGGACCUGGUUGAAAUUUUGAAAUAUUUGGCACAAAAUUCGCCGAGUUACGCUUUAUCUUACUUCUUGCCUAUCAUGUUUAAUAAGACUUUGGAGCUGGAUAAAGCUAAAAAUUAUGAACUUGGGCAACAUUUGGCAACAGAAUUCAUCCUGGAUGCGACUCAAAUCACAGAAAUGACCUCCGAUAACAUUGAUUUUGUCAUGACAAUCGUCCAGCAAUGGAUUUUCUUUCAUUUUAAAGGAGGUCUGGGAGCAAAUGAUACCCUAAAAUGCAUCGUAGAAGGUAAUGUGAAGCUUGUACUAAAGUUUGCUGACUCUGAAAAGUAUCUCAAAAUGCUUGAUAAGUUCAUCGGACCAACACCGAAUUGGGGUCCUGCCUUGGCGAGUGUCAAAGGAGGUUCAGUCAUCCUAAAGAACGUCUUAAAACUGAUCCUUUCGCACGAAAUUCGUCUAAACGAAGCCACACAAAAAGCCUUGGUCAAUAAUUCCGUGCCAAAAUUCAUCAUAACUGCUUUAAAUCUCGCGAAAAUCGACGCCGAGGUCUUCAAAUCCUUCGAUUACGAGAUUCUCGAGCUGCUGGAACCAAAAAUCCCAAAAUUACGAGUCAUUAAAUUCAUGAAGGAAUUUUGCAAGUUGAACAUUGAACCGACAAUCAUGAAUUUCAGCUACGUGGCGAACAGUUUGAUGGAAAUUCUGCUGGAAUCAAAGUCGCUAAUUACGACGCCCGUCAUGAUCGAGAGUUGUUUGAUCGUUGCAAAGUGUCUGAAGCCGAUUUUUGAUGCUUUGACGACAGAGUUUGAUGCUGAGGGACUUAUGUACAUGUUCAAGUUUACGAUGAAUCUCAUUAAAGUUCUCAUGUAUUGUGAUAGCGAGACAGAUCGCGGGUAUUGUACCGAGUGCAAAAACACAAAACGACACGUGGCGGAUGCGUUAAUUGGAAUUGCCGUGAAUACGUUUGAGAAUUAUGCGAAGCGAUGGGAAGUGAAUGCGGAAUUGGCGGCAAAUCUUGUGGGAUUGCUGGAUUACAAGCUCAUGACGGCAGAUGGACUGAAAUGUAGUAGUAAGGAGAGGAUGAUUGAACAGACUCUGACGCGGGUUUUUUCGAUGGUGACAUGUGAUCAAAUAUUUGAAAAACCAAUUUACACAAAGUACAAAGUCAAAAUGGCAGAAUUAUUCAAAAAAUACUCAAAAAACCGUACCUUCAAGAAUUUGACACCAAAAUACAUCUUAGCCUUGUACUCGAAAAUUUACAAUUUCACCGAGUUCGAAAAAGAGCACAUACAAGUCUCAUCUUUACAAAUCCUCUUUGAGUCAAACCACUCUGCCAAAAAGUCUCGUACGGAUGUCGUUAUCAAAAGACGUGAAAAUUUACCGGAAUUUGAAAAUCUCAGUGUCUUACAAAUCUUGGAAAAGGCUGUGACGGAAAACGAUUUCAACCUAGAAAUUCCCAAAUUUGAACUUCACGAGAUAAUUUUGCUGGAAAUGGAAGCAAUUUUCAAUUUUUCCCGAAAUUACGCGAGAAAUGUGGAUUUAUUCAACACUUUAUGCGAGCUCAUCAAGGAUCCCGUGAUACAAGGACACGCCUUGUUCCUCUUUGAGUACGAGCAACAUCAGAAAAUUGACGUGAAAUUAAUCGAAAAAAUCGAGACUCAACUGAAAAAGAUCCAACCGAAGACCAUGAAAGCGGAAAUUAUUUUGGGAUUAAUUGCGAUGCGAAAAUACACGAGUUCCUACAAUGCAAGCCGCGAGACGUUAAAAGAUGUGAAAUUUUUCCAGAACAACGGCGUGACCGAAGAAACGCCAAAUAACUUCAAAAUGAUCCAACUUGAGCUCGAAAGACCCUUUUUGAAGUUGCUCCAUGAGGCUUUUGAGCAUUUUCAGAUGGGAUUGAAGAUCGCAGCUCGUGACAAUUACAAACCGUUGGAAGAUUUGUACUCUUGCGUGAAAAUUCGACGAUUUUGCGACACAAUUUCCGUUCAUUACGAGCAACGAGGACUCUUUUAUCAAGCAAUGGAGGCACAAUAUCUCGCCUAUACCAUCGCAAAAGCCAAACAAGAUGACAUCGGACUCGUUUUAAGUCUCACGCAUUUCGUCGAAAACCUCGAACAAUUCAAAAAAUUGUCGAAACGCGAACCAUCGGUGCCAAAAAUGACACAAGAACUCACCGAACUGCUGGAAAAACUCAUGAACUCCAACACGAACAUGGCACUUUACAAACAAGGAUACAUCUAUGCGGCAUAUUUGAGUCUCGCCUCAUACUACAUCGCCGAAGGAAGUUGCUCGAAGGCCAUUGAACUGCUCGAAUUCUUGCAAGAACCACUUCACACGUGCGAAAACAAAAAAUACGAAUCGUAUUUCAAGAUUUUGCGAUUCAAGUUUUACAUGCUGCAUCAGAAAAUGUUGCUCGAGUACCAUCCGCCAUCUUCGGAUUUGUCGUCGAUGGUGUUUUUGUUCCUGAUUUUGCAAGAAGUGAACGACAUGGUCGAGUACAAGGACGAAUUUCAUGUUUACAUGCCAAAUUUGAUGUUCAAAAUGAUCGAAUAUUUGGUGUGGCAUCAAAUUGCGCGGAAUGACACGAAAGUUUUGGAGUCUUAUGUGAUAUUGGUAUUUAAGAUUGCUGUUAAGAAGGGACUUUUCUUGCGAUGUCUUCAAGUUUAUCUCACAUUGACCAACAUGAAUAUGAUUUCUGAAAAUUUGGGAGAAGUUGAGACUCACCUUUCCCGCAUGGAUCAAAUGCUCGGCAAUGAGCCAACCCGCAUCUCGAAAAAGUCUCUUGUCGAAGUAACGCCCGUGAAAAAGCCUUCAACCACAAUCUGGACUGAAAAUUCUGAGUUAAUGGGCACCGUUGUGCGUCGUGAAGCCAAUUAUUCGCCGCCGCCUUACAUCAUGUCGCCUCCCGUUGAUGUUCCCUUGUCUGACUUUGCCAAAUACAUGAUUCAACACGACUGGAAAUGCAAGUGCAUCUACUGCUGCGUGCCUCAAGUGAAGGUCUUUGCAUUUAUUUUGGGAUGUUUUUACGCGCGGAUGCUCUAUUUGAAUGCAAAUUACACGAUGGCUUAUCAAUUUUACGAAAAAGCAGUCGAAUAUUGGAUGACACUGAAAAAUUGCGUGUUCGAAAACAACGAUGAGACUUUGGUGAAGAACUUUGUGGUUUAUUCUUUGUACACGCACUUGCACAUGUGUCAAUGUUUGAUGGCAAUGAAGAAAUAUGACACUUUGGAACACAUUUCUGGCUCGCUGAAAGACUUGCUGGACUUGAAUUUGUGUGAAAAUGUCGCGACAAUCGAAGAAUGCAAUUUGACACUCGCAAUUACGAAGGAUUUGAUCAAAAAAGAGACUUCUGGAACGGAAAACCAAAAGAAAUUCCGUUCAUUCGAGUCAUUUGUGGUAGAUGAAGAUGUCCAAAUUCACUUAACUCCCGUGAUUCCUGCUAAAGUUGCAACGAAAAUCGCCGCUCCAAGCACCAUCAAAUCAACAAAAUCCAUUCCGAUCUUUGUUGAUGGUCCAAAAAGUGCAAAAAUGUCUCCGGCACAGAAGAAACGCCUAUUUUUCUCCAAGAAAAAAGACACUUUGGAGUCACCGAGUGUCACCGAACUCAGUAUUGACUUGGAAAUGAUCAAAAGAUCCGCCCAAAAACGCGCAGCAUCAUCGAGAACAGCAACUCUGAAGAAGAGCGCAUCAGAAUCUGCCGCAAAAGCAUCCACAAAACCCUCGUCUGCCGUCAAACGAAGUACUCGAAUCAUCAACAAAGAGAACGAUAGUUCAGCAAAACGUCCUGCUCUGAUGAAAAAACAACUCAAAUUCUCACCGACCUUAAGUUCGCCCGUUGAAACUGUUAACGGCUCGUCGGAAAAAGUUAAGGAAACCCCAAAAUCGACUGCAACAGCGAGAAAAGCGGCAAUUAAACCAAAGACUAUCACAAAAAGUGUCAGCGAACGAGCAGCGAAAGUAACAAAACCCAUUCCAAAGGACGAUGAUGUGAUUGUAAUUGAUAGCGAUUCCGAUACGAGUGUCAUUAAUGCAUCAAUUCCGCCGCCCGUAUCGAUGGCACAACUUUCAGCUCAACGUGCGAAACGCUACCGAGCACGAACUGCCCCCAAAAAUCCCGUUAAAUGUGACAUUCUGGUGUUUACACAGUCAACCAGUACGAUAAUUGAAGAGUUUCCCGAUGCACCUGCACGAUUCGGUGACGAAAUCCCGGCAAGCGGGCUUCGAUGUCUCGCCAUUAAGGGAUAUCCAGAGAAUGGUUGCUCGAAAAUCACACCGCCGCCAAAUAAUAUCUCCGUGAGACACUUGCAAUGGUGCGUCGUCGUUGCCAGAUACAAUUGUUCCUUCGAGGCAAAGGUGCGAAAUGCACAAGCAGCGGGCUAUGAUGCCGUAAUCGUGCAUAAUGUUGGCAGUAAUGAGUUGGAGCCAAUGUCAGCCAACAACGACGUUGGCAUCGUGAUUCCUGCCGUUUUCGUGGGAGAACACACAGGACGCAUGAUUAACGAAAACUACCAAUGGAACGAAGACUUUGCUCUUCUGAUCAAUAACGAGUCGCCAUUCAACAUCAACACGCAUCUCUUGUUGCCCUUCACAGUCGUCGUUGGCUUGUGCUUCAUCACGAUGAUCGUGUUCACCGUUGUUCGCUGCUGCCGCGAACGUCGACGUCAAGCGCGACAUCGCCUUCCCAAAAGUCUCCUCAAGAAAAUUCCCACAAUCAAAUUUUUGCGAGGCGUGCAUCAAUUUGACACGUGCGCGAUUUGUCUCGAGGACUACGUGGAUGGCGAGAAAUUGAGAGUGCUACUUUGCUCGCAUGCUUAUCACUGCAAAUGUAUCGACCCGUGGUUGACGAAAAACAGACGAGUUUGUCCCAUGUGCAAACGUAAAGUCUAUGUGCGGAACGAGAGACGACCGAGACGCACUUCAAGUGAUACCAGUUCGUCAGAUGCUGACGAUACAACUCCUCUCUUGACGUCAAAUGACUCGCAAAAUGACCACGGAACGUUUCAGCAGGAAGAUACGCCGGGACAGAGCUCCGUUACGGUCUCGCAAUGGCCAUCGAAUAGCGGAACGAUGUCGGAUGAUGACGAAUUGCUCGAUGCCUCAGUUUCGGAUGACCAAGCAAUUAUUUCAACAGAACCGAUUUCCGUAUGGCAAAAAUUCAAAAGACUCUUUCGUAGACAACCCGCAAACGAAGAUGUAACAAUAGAAGAUGGCACAUCAACAUCCGCACCCGAACACGUUCCCUCCUCAUCGAUCAAUUUCGGUGCUCACUCCUCAAAUAAUCUUUUGAAUGCCAAUUUGAGUGGGUCCUUUCAACGGAGUGCCGUCGACGAGACAACAGACGACGAAAAUAUUCUCAUUUCGAGUAGACAAAAUAGAUCGGCACCGAAUCUAACUAGCGGGCGUCGUGCGCAACCCACUGCCGGCACAUCCGCUGGCAGUUCCGCAGGUCGCAUCGGUGUCCCAGCAAUACCAAAUAGUAAUCAGUUUAAUCCAUCGCCACCGAUUUCACGCGGACGAUCAAACAUGAUCUUGUAAAUACAAACACACACACAUUGAAAUAUACUGAAAUUCUCCCAAAAUUAGGUAUUACCUCAUAGUUUUCGCAUAAAUUUUUCCUUUUUUAAUUGAAAUUUGUGUUGAUAGGUGAUUUUUUUAGUCCUUUUAUAACAUAAUCACAACAAAUAUAAAUAAAUGAAUUAUUACUUUAAUGAAAAUCGGGUAUGUUUAAACACACGAACGCAUUAAAAAUUAGAAACAACCGAAAAAAAUCUAAAUAAUCAUAAAAAUAAUUAAUGACAAAGCUAAGCUCAGCAAAAAAAUGUUUGAAAAAAUAAAUAGUAUAGUUCUAGUCACACGCAUUAGACAAAAAAAAAAUAAUUAGGAUAACUGUAAAAAAUGCACGUUAAUAUUUUUUUAAAAAUAAUUCCGUCAAAUAAAUAAUAUUAAUAAUUAAUUUUUGCUUUGUUAAAAAAAAAACAUUUUUUAGGGAGC